AUGAAGCGACAGCUUGAAGACCCCAUAAAUGUAUCUAGGAGAAAAAGCCGACGUCUGGAUUCAGACUUAUGCAGUGAAAAAUAUGUUUCCGAAGUGUUGUCUUUGUUUGACAUUAGUGCGAUGUCAGUCGCCUAUCAUUUACCAUUCGAAUAUGUCGAGUCUACUCUGGUGCAUGUACCAGAUCCUGUUCAGGAGCGUAUAAUUUUUUAUUCGUUUCCUCGGGAUAGCGCCGAUAUAAAAACUUAUUCGUCUUUCAUGUCAUACAAAGCGGGUUCAUCUGAAAACUCUCCUUUCUCCAUCGGAGAGCAAAUAUUUCAAAGAAACUGCCAUUCUUCUACAGGUUUCCAUCUAACGGGUGUGGUAAAAACCGAUGGCAAUAUUCGAGGUUUAUUAGAUUCAAAAACCUACAAAGUUUCCAUGACUUUUGACAGGUGCAAAAUUACGUCCGUUUGCUGUACAUGCAACAGCCGUGGACUCUCCUGGUGCCCGCAUGCGGUGGCUCUGGCACUUUUUCGAAUAAACAGGCCUGGUGGUGUAAAUUAUCGCGCCCCAAUAUCUGACACGCUGGUAAAAAUGGACCGCGGUCAGCUGCAGAAGUUUGCUCAAUACUUAAUCGCCUCGCACCCCAAUCGCGUGCUAGCAAGUGCUCAACACCUCGCCGACAGACUUCUUCAACGUGACUCUCAAUUGAAUAAAACCUAUGGAGCGCCAGAUCCCACAGCAGGCGGUGGCAUAAACGACUCCUCCACUUGGUACUUCGACGAGAGCGGGGUUCAAGAACAGCUGCGUUUGAAUUUGGCAGCUCUGGCCGCCUACGGAGUGGGUGGUUGCAACGCGUUUGAAAUAGCCUCCUCACAAACUGUCUCCACUUUCUCCUCCUCCACCACCACCUCUUCAUCUUCGUCCACAUACGGAAGGCUCUUCACCAAUAACGGUCACUCCGACUUCCACCACUGUCGAUUUGGUCGUUUCUCUGCUCGGUAUUCCACUGACGAGGGGCCAACUACAGACGAAAACGGCUAUAAACCUCGGAAUUUUGCCUACCGCUCGUUUGCCCACACCUGGCUGGAGAACUAUCGCCAUCUUCUACGCUCGAAAUUGCCACCUUUCGGCUACACGACCUCCGCCUCCGCUUCUACCUCGAAUCACUCGGUCCACUCUUCGGCGCACUCGAUACAUCACCACAGCGUGAUCGGUAGUGGCGGAGGCGGGAUUGGUAGUGGUAGCUCAAUACAGAUUCUCCUCCCAAGCUUCACGCCACUAAAUAUGAAUACUACUGCUCCGCAUCACUUUCCUGGCAGUCAAAUUGCCAUGGUGUUUGCGAAAACCUACGAACUUCUCGCCGCUCGCGACACAAAUGGACCACGCCUCCUCGCCAUUAUCACCGAAGAACUGCUCAAUUCCGCUAACCUAAUGGCUUUCAAGUCGCGAAGAAAUAACCGCAGUGGAGGCCUUGCGGACCGUGGGGUGUGGGACCCCUACGCAGCUGAUUUCGAUGAGGGUCCAGAUGAUUUCGAUGCCCAAGACGCUCAGAAUCGUCAUCAGAGGACUGGAGCCAGCACCAGCCAACCACCACCGUUAUGGACGGUACCACUGUGGGAGGAGGUGGCACGUCUAUGGACCUGUCUCCUCUUGGCUCCUGGGUUCUCUCCCGCCACCCGUGACGGCUGGCGCGAACGGCUCCUCGCCUGGUCUCAGUCGCCGCAGGCACCUCGCGAUGAAAUCUACUUCUUCCCCUCCUCCUACGCCACCAACAAUCCAUCACCCAUCGAGGAUGGUUCUGCUGCUCCCCGCAGUAGUCGAGAGCCCACUUCUGUCUUCCAGCUGGCCCUGGACGUCAGUGCACUGCCUCUAGAGAUCUCGGAGGAGUUUCCCCCGAUUUCACGAAAUACGCUCUCCGAAUUGAUUCACAUCCUGCCUGCAGACUCCCGUCAAUGUACGUGUCCAUUCUGUGGUGUCUCUAUGGUGAUUAGGCGUGCGUGGGGCGCAGAGGAGGACUUUGUAACGGCGUGUUUGCGUGCCUCUGCACUCCACGUGAUGGGAUUUGCCGAGGCUGCGACUCGACUUGCGGUGACUCUGGCGAACACUCUAAUUGCGUGUCUCGAAGAUGUCUCCCAUAGGGGUGCCAUGCUUGGAGAGAUUACCUCGGGACCCUGUUCACCAACACCGUCUUCACUGACGUCACAACCACCGAGUUUUGUGCGAUCAAAUUCGGGGGGAUCAGGCAAGGCCAUCGGACUCAACUCCUCAUCGGGCGGCAGUGGAAACCAGUCCCGUGGAGGAUUCAGAAGUCCCCCUCCUCCACCACCGCUACAACCUCAACACUUCUCUCCUUUCCAGCAGCGCAACCACUAUCCUUGCACAUCCGCUGGUAUGGGCCUCUCCUCCACCGCUACCGCUAACACCUCCACCUCCUCCUACUUCCACUUUUCGCCACCGUCAUCCUCUGCACCUUGCGUCUUCCCCUACAACCAUCAUUACCACUACCAACAGGGGCGCCAUCGAUUUUCGCCAUGGCAACGAAUGCCUCAGCGCUCCGACCCUUCGCAAUAUAUCUACUGCUCCUCUGAGGUCUCCCUCGACUGCCCUUUCCAUGAGCAUGGUUGGCUGGGGCUGCCCGGAAGACCUGUCAUCAGUUUAGUGGAGUGCCUGCUUGAAGCAGCCUUGCAAAAACUUCAAGAUCCUUCCAGAAGUGGUCUCUCGCCCAGCGAGUACAUACAUCUCGCUCUGAAGGUGGGGAUAUUGGUGCUGUGUCAACAACGUAGCCUCCCAUCUACCAGCGGAGCCCUGUUAGCCUGCCAGGCCCAGGAGAUGCUUCUGAUCCACCUGCUGAAUACCAUUCCGCGCAACGCCAUGACCGCGCAGAUCAUCGGACCUCUUGUUUGUCAGUUGAUGGGCCCUCCACCACCCUCGCUUCACCCUAUGGGUACCGGGACUCAGGGUGCCUGGUGGUGGUCUGCUCUAGGGCCCCUUGUCCACCCAGACACCUACCCCGUUCAUGUCGUCGCCGAGCUCCUCUUCGGACACCUUCUGGCCGGCGAGUCGGCUGGAGCUUAUACUGGCGAACUUGCUUACCUAGUCGCUGCUAGAGCUAUGAGACUUCCGGUCCUUGAACCGGUGUCAGAUAGUCCUCUGGUUAUCAACGCAACCACCACCACAUUGACAGCUCACCAACAUGGCGAUAACUCGUCUCCCCCUUCCACUUACACCACCUCCGCCGCUAUCUCCGCUUCCGGUGCAUUCCGUUCGCCACCAUUGCCCUCCACGUUCUUCAAUGCAGCGAUGACACCAUUUGCCCGUCUUCCCGUGCUCCCCCUACCGCUGCCGCCACCGCAACCACUGCCAAACUACCAUCGACAGGGUCAGGAAACACGUCGUCAUCAGCAUCCGGCCUUUGUGAACCAGGACUCUGUGGCAACUGCCUACCGACGCGACCUCGGUGCCAUGGAGGGCAGACAGGCGCGUCUGGCCAUCAGUCUGAUCCUCGCCUCGCGCUCCGCUGUCUUUCGCAUGGACCACUUCAUGCGGGUCUGCGAUCGACACAUCCACACCUCCAUCAGCCUGCUCUCGGUGUCGCGUGAGGUUUUGGCGGAAGCAAUAGGCCACCGUUUGCACUCCUCAACGAGCGCAUUUUCAUUGGAUGAGCCAGCCUUCCUGCUUAACACCUCCGCUGCUGCUGCCGCCGCUACCGCCACCACCACUGGAAUCUCCGGGUCCGCCAACACUGGCACCUCACUUACGGCAGGUACAACCUCCGCUGCUGGCAGUCUGGGUUUUGCGAACCUCCUGCCGGUCAAUUUCGUAACAACGCCGCUGCCAACAAAUGCUCUGCAGGAACGGAUCUCUCUAGUCUGCGCUGCCUUUCACUUGGCGCUGUGCGUGACGGUGCGCACUGCCUGGCCUCGAGUGCACUGGCGUCGGCGAGAGAUGCUCGGUUGGGCCGUGUCUACGGGCCUGCUGGCUGGUCCGCCAGCACUUCUGCAUCUAACUCAGGCGUGGAGUGUCUAUGCCAGUCCUCGAGAGGCCGUUACGUGGCUAGCACCCACCCUCCUCGCCUGCAUAGCCUGUAUUUCACCCGUUGGUGGGGCCGCAGGCGUUGGUGCAGGGGCAAGCAGAGGUGCUGGUGCGAGGCCCACGCGAAGCAGCGCCGAGGGCAUGCUGUUUCUCCUCCCGCGCAUCUACAGCUUCUUUUCCUUCACUCCCCUCGCUGUAGAGCAAAUCAAAGUUGCGGUCAGACAGAUGACCAUUCAGCAUCUUAAAGAGGCUCACCUCUGUGCCUACAGCGGUGAUAACUGCCAUUAUUGUUCCGGUAUAUGCGAGAACGUAGGGGAAAUCGACGUGGUAGAUCAGGUCUAUAGUGGCAGCAAACACGAGGGCACCUGUAGCGAUGCUAAGGAGGAUGAGGAGGAUUUUGCGGAACCACUCUGGUUCUACCCGGCCUGCAAUUCGCAAGAAGCGCCUAGACCCCUGCGUCUUGGAAGCCGCUAUGUUGAGAUUGUAGUUGAAAAAGCACGUAACCUUUUCCCACUCCUCGCUUUUCUUUUUGGAUACACUAUCGUGUUCUUGACUUAUGGCGUUUCCCAGGCCUUAGUGGCCUUUAGACUCAACCUCAUUGAGUUGCCCCCCUGUGAUAUUUGCGGACAAUCUAGCGGCAACCCACGUGUCCCACAGCUAAAGCGGGCACGACACGUCUUCAUCCCCACCGCCACCAACGAUUGA